UUUCCGUUCGUUAGCGUGUUUGUUGCAUAUUACCUCCACCUUCCCCCUUCCUCUUCCCGGAAACAAAAACGUCUUGUAUUCAUUCAUUCCCCUUUCUUUCUUGAUUCCUUCUCUAUAACUGCUAACCAACCUUCCUCUCUCUCUCUAGAUUCUAGAGAGAGAAAGGCGUCCGCCAUGGAUAGGGAAGGAGUUGUGGACGCUAUUCCUCUCUUCGCUAAAGAAUUGAUCGCCGGCGGUGUUGCCGGAGGAGUUGCCAAGACGAUUGUUGCUCCUCUUGAACGUCUCAAGAUCUUGUUUCAGACUAGAAGUGAAUUUCAUAAUAUAGGAUUAUUAGCGUCUUUUAGAAGGAUUGCAAAGACAGAAGGGAUUCUAGGAUUUUACAGAGGAAACGGAGCUAGUGUUGCGAGGAUUGUUCCUUACGCAGCAUUGCAUUAUAUGGCAUAUGAACAAUACAGAAGACAAAUUAGCUACAGCUUUCCUCGCAUGGGAAAUGGUUCAGUUGUUGAUCUGUUAGCAGGAUCGUUAUCUGGAGGAACCGCUGUUCUUUUUACAUAUCCGCUUGAUUUGGUUAGAACUAAAUUGGCGUAUCAGGUUGUGGAUGCUCCCAAAUUGAACGUUAAAGGGGCCAUGGGUAGCGAACGUGCAUUCGGAGGAAUAAGGGAUUGUUUUUCGAGGACUUAUAAAGAGGCUGGGAUGAGAGGCCUUUACCGUGGUGUAGCUCCAUCACUCUAUGGAAUCUUUCCUUAUGCUGGUUUAAAGUUUUACUUCUAUGAGGAAAUGAAAAGCAAUGUUCCGGAUAAUUACAGAAAGCACAUAAUGGUCAAACUUGCUUGUGGAUCUGUUGCUGGUUUACUCGGUCAAACUUUCACAUAUCCUUUGGAUGUCGUGCGAAGGCAAAUGCAGGUUCAGCGGUUACACGCUUCAAACGGUCCAGAGUUUAAAGGAACAAUCGGAACUCUUGUUAUGAUUGUCCAAAAAGAAGGAUGGAAGCAACUAUUUUCAGGACUGAGCAUCAACUAUCUGAAGGUUGUACCGUCAGUUGCAAUUGGUUUCACCGUCUAUGACGUUAUGAAAGCAUACUUGAGAGUCCCGCCACGAGAUAAAGCCAUUGUUGAAGAGGCCACAAACAAAAGUGAGAGUCAAACAUAAACCUUGACCUCAUCACAAUCUGCCUCUAAAACCUCCCAACAUGAUAUUGUUUUUUGUUAGCGUUGAGGCCAUUAACAUUUGUACAUUCGAGUCUUGUGUAACCUGAGCCUAGGUCUUACAGCAGUGGAUAGUGUACAGAUACAAGUAUACCUCACCAUAAUUGCUUAGAUAAAGAAUAAUGCAGUAGGGUAUAUGUUACAUGUCCAGAUCCAAACAAUGUACAUAACAAUAAGAUUUGCAUGUAACAUCUAUUCAUCAAGUGUACUUUGAUUCCAGGAAACUAACCAUAAACUCGUGUACUAUUAAUAGCUAUCAUUAGAAAAGGACGUUCGUUUAUUUUGUA